AGUUACUAAAUAAUUAAUAAGCAAUAAUUAACGAAUAAUUAGUAAUACCGUAUGCAAUAAUAACUGCAACAAUUAUUAUUUUAUAUGAAAGAUCCACAGAGAAAGGGGGAAUGAUAAGUUUUUACAUUUCUCGAUAAAAGAAAAUUUAUUUUUCCAUAUAUUGGGUGUAACAGAACAUGCGAGAUCCGCUUCUUGAGCUAAAAACAAUGAAAAAUGUUCGUAUAAACACGCUCUGGCUGUCUUUGUCUAUGAGGUACAAAAAUUUUGUAAAUGGAACAACACCUAUUGAAAAUGUUGGGAUACCAAGGUUCAGAAUAGAACAAGCUUUGCAACACAUUCGGCAAACACCAGGAACCAUUCGGAGUGUAACUGGAUCCAUGACAGGACGUCUAUAGGCUUGGGAAUGGAAGGUGGUCGUUUUGAGCAUCUUCUGCGAAAGUAAUUAGGUAACAUGAAAUCAGAAGAGAAAAUUCGCUACGUCUUAUAAACGAAGACAGAUAGGACAUAUGUUUUUAGAUGUACAAUCAGCUCUGGAUGUGGACCCCACGUGUUUCAUUACAUUCUGUGUAAUGUCGCAACUUCAUAUUUUCUCAUAGAUAUCGUAUCAAAGUAAAACGUUUUAUUCUUUAUUUUAUUCUGCAUCGUCUUCAAUUUUUACUUAGAAUUCUAAGUAAUAUAUGAUACAUAAAUCUGUAAGAAAAUGUGAUAAAGGAAAAAGGAACAGAGGAAUCUUAGAAGACUUCAUAUAAAAUGUUGGAAAUUUAUUAAAAAAUUCUCGAGAUAAAUAUGUAAUGGAUAUAUUUUUUUAUUUCCAUGCCUUGUGUGGCUUAGAUAUUAAGGGAUGAAGUAUAAAGCAUCGUUAGAGUUAUACGAUCGGAUUACUAUCCAAAAAAAAAUGUAAUUCUUUAGACGCGUUUUAGCGUCCUCCGUCGUUAUAGUCCUGCAACACGAUCAUCCUUGAUAUUCUUUUCACAGGAUCUUUUUACGCGGAUUGUUUGCUCGAAUAGCCCCUAAAAGUUACGAUACCCUUAACUCGCGAAUCUUUCGAAUCGAUUUGUCCACCGCCGAGCAUCUACUGCUCGAUGAAACUUAGCACGCGAUGAAAGAGAAAUUGCAAUAUUUCAAUGAAAGUAUCUCUCGAUGAUGGACGAAAUAAAUAAAUACGUCUCUGUACGUAUAAUAUUUACUUCGUCCGCUUGACAAAAGCGAUUUGAACGUCAGAUUUUCUAGGAACUUCAAACGAUCAAAAUUCUCCUUCCUUCCCUUUCGUUCUCAAAGUCUUUAAGCUUUUCCCCUUUAGCGUACAUAAUGAAUAAAGAUGCAUAAAAUACUUAGAACGAUGCACAAAUCUCUUCUUAAGUUCAGUUUCUUCAAUUGCACCCAUAAAGAUAUACAUUUGUGUGCAAAUUCAUAGUCUAUCGAUUAAUUAAUACGCGUCUUACGAUAUCCUCGCCAGACGUCAUCCAAGUCUUCGCGACAUCCUGGAAGAAAGUAGCUCAAAGCAGCGACGAAACACUCGAACGGCAUUAAAGGCCGAUUAUCCGCGCAACCUGGCUAGUUACAAAUUGCGAAAUUCAUUAAACUGCACUAUUAAAGAGUUCCCUCUUAUGGCUUAGCAGGUCGCCAGAUAUCAGAGGAACGAGGGAUGAAAAAGAGCCAGCCAGCUCUUUUUAGCUCGGUUUGCGCUGCGGCUUCAUCCACUUUUCCCCUCGUUCCAGUCGAUGUUUGCUCGAUGGCUAGCGUCCACGAGGGUGUUCAACGAUCGUAGAUCCAACGCAGAUUAUCCAUCGGCUUCCGUUUAUAUGCUUCUUUCCACUUCGAUCUCGUUGUUUCGAAGAACUUUCUAUUGACUACCGAAGAGCUGUUCCGUUACGGAUAGUUGAAUAUCAACGGGUAUUUCGUCGAGGAUAUUCAUUUUUGUUUCACGAGGUGAUUUCUUGGGAAUUUUCUACCGUAGUUGUCUUUUAGUUCUUGUCGUUACUUCGCGUUGCGGUAUUAGUUUUCUCAUGUUUCUCUCAUUAUUUUCUCAUGUCUUUUCAUGUUUUCAAAACUAAUAUUUACCGUUGUUUGACGAGGUAAUUCUUUUAGAAUAUUUCAGUGGAAUAUUUUACAAUUGUAGUUGUUAUUUAAGGUGAAAUUAUUACACAGUUAUUAGUCUUUUCGUUAUUAUCUCGUUUAGACUUUUGACUUGAAGUACUUCGAAAUUAUGUUAUAACGUUCAAGAUCUUGUUUUAUUUUACGAUUUUCUCGUAGUGUUCGGAAUUUAAUUUUCCAUCGGGUUCUUUUUAUUCUGAAAAAAUAGAGAAGCGAUAACAAAGAUAUUUCCGAACUGCGCGUCCUUUGACUAUCUCCUUUAAUUUUGUACGUAGUAUACUUCGAGAUUUCUGUCACAUUUGACAUUUGACGUCAGAGCUAUCUAGCUUAUCCGCGUUUUGUAGCUUUUCAGAAUAUUAGUUUCAACCCGAAAUUUCGCCCUUAAUAUUAGUUAUUAUUAGUAGAAUAUUAGUUUCGCCCUUCAAUCGUAAUUUCAAUUUCUUAUCGUAAUUUGUAGCGUUUUAUUUACAGUGGCAGAUUUGGCAAUGAAACGUAACGUGUUAAGCAACUAUUAUUCUUAGGUUGUUAAAUUUAAAAAGAAGCUUGCAACUGAAGUUGUAAAGUUAUUCGAGGAUUGUUGAACGCAAGGAAAAUAAAUGGACCAGCGGUGCUGACUCAAGAAAACUAUGAAAUGUCAACAGCUUGGGAACUCGUUUCUCAGGUGCAAAAAUAACACGCUAGUACGAGAAGAGAAAGACUUAGAGCUUAUGGCGUUCCGUGAAAACACUCUGGUAAUACUUUAGACACGUGCUACGUUGCGUUAACUAAAAGAACGUCAUUUCUUAUUUACGUCAAUUGACAAUGAUCGUACAAAUCAUAAGACAUCGUUUUCUUCCACUCGUGAAAAGCUUUUUUUUUUAUCAUUUCGUAAUUUAAUUUUGUUUAAUCAUGUCAAUAACACACUUUUCUUUUUAAACACCAUGCUACAUGACGUAUAAAUGAUUACUGUAUUGAUUCAUAUCAAUGGUGAUAUCGAUAAUUUUUAUUCAAAAAUAUCGACAAACAUUUUUAAGACAAAAACAGAUAUAUGUGUAAAAUGAUAAUACGAAAAAGUUUUAUGGUUUGUUCGUGAAAAAAUCCUAAAGAGAUCUAAGAAGUCCUUGAUCAUUUUUUCUUAAACUCUUGUACCUCUUUUCAGAUAUUAUUCAUUCGUUCCUUCGUUUUCAGGAUGGGUUCGAGCUUUCAAGUUCGAACUUUUCGCGUGACUUUGCGGAGGUUUUAGUUCCUUGCCCGCGUGUAUUUAUGUCUGUUCCAUUUUCCUGAAACUCGAAGCGUGACUACUAUACUUUGGCUGCUAACGAAAUUCAUAACUUCGUUACGUCGUGACCUAUAACACGAGAUAUAUAAAAACAAGAAUACAAUAUAGUAAAAUACGAUAUGCACGCGCAGAUAAAAAUAACAAAAUUCAGAAACAUUUAAAUUCCAAUACUCCAGCAAAGUAUUAAACGACCCGUGUUGUCUUAUCGAUAGACUCCGGAUAUUUCUGCGUUUAUGACAAAAAAGCACAGAGUAUUCACUUUAAUAUUUGCUGCGUGACACAAAUCUUUGUCAUUGUCUAAUUGUAUCGUUUCGUUUGAUCACGUGGCCACAAUAAUUUUUGUACAAAAUUCGUAAAAUAGAAAUUAUUAUACAAAGCCGAUAUAAAAACGAGUUUGCAUAAAAGUUCGCAAUCUACGUAUCGAUCGUGUCAAAGAAUAGAAAACGAUAGGAAAGACAGUGUACGAAAAAAUAAAUAAACGCGUGGAUCCUUUCGAAUAUCGCAAAGAAACUCUCCGAUCUUCUUUCAACAACUAUCUAUAAGGGAAAGCGUUUGGGAUUGUUAAAAGAAUAUCCAUGUCGAUGAACCUUCUGAAUAGACACGGCGGAUAAACGAUUGCGUUUAACAAGCAAUCGAUGUCAAGCGAUGGGAAAUGUAUCGUCGAGCGAAUCGAGUGAAAGCAUCUUUUUUCAUCGUUCAUUCGGAAACGAACUUUCUUCGUGUCGGAAAAACGCGAUCAUCGGACACAGAGCGGGAAGGAAAAUAACGCGAGAGAGGAACUACGCCUCGAAUAAAUCUGUCGAUCGAAUCCAAGCGAUCUUCAGUGUUUGCUUUCGUUCCCAUCGUUAAAUAACGAGACUUCUCUUGCGUCAUUAAUUUACAUAUUUGCUUUUAAAGUUUACGAUUCUUCUUUAUUUUUUAUAUAUUUCUAUACGCGAUGGCAAUACGUUGUGAGAUAUUACAUUUUACAAGAUUCAUUCUAGUUUUGGUAAUUGGUUCGAUUCUGAUUGGUAAUUCGUUUGGCGAUGAGAAGAUCGAGAACGAUCCUGUGAACUUCCGGCACGUGAAGGAUCUCGAGGUAGCUGCUAGUGAACACGAAGGCAAGUAAUAGUUUUCGAGAAGUCUGUUCGUAGUUGCUUCGAUAUUUGAAUCGUUAUUUUGUUUAGAAAAUGGUAAAUACGUUUAUAUACAUACUUUUCGAAGUAGCUGGUUUAAUUACUUCUUUAAGGUACGUUAAAUCAUCGUCUGAGAGAGAUUCGCUGGUCAAAGUAAACGAAUUUAUUCACAAUAGGCAUUUAUUAAUUUGCAAAAGCAACUUUCUUAAAGUAAAUGAAAGCAAAUUGAAUCUUAAUCUCAAGAUACGAUUCAAAACUAAUAUUCCUCGAUUUACAAAACUAUUAAAUUAAUAAUAAAAAUUCGUGGCUAAUGCUUCAAGCGUUCGAGAGAUCAAAGGAAUCAUUCUUUGUAAUUGUCACCUUUGUUUUAUUCAUUUCUCGAUGCAAGAAACGGUAGACUUAAUUAAUACCGAAAUAGAACGCCUUCAGUUACUCGGUAAACCUUAAUAACUCCAAUUAACACCAUCCUUUCAUGGAGUUCGAGAAUUUCUUGAGAAAUUUUCGGCAAAGGGUGAAAAGCUUUAUUCGGUAAUUAAUUCAAACAGGUGGAGAAAGGCAAGAGGAAAAGGGCGGCGGCACCAAAUACGAGGAAGAUCAUCAUACCGUUGACGACGAGAAGGGUGACAAGGGUUACAAGGUCUUCCAUGAGUUCGACAAGGGUGAGAAGGGCCACCAUGACAACGAGGGCCACAAGCAAAAGUACGACGAGAAAAAGGGGAAAGAGGAAAAGGAACACGAGGAGAUGGAUCAUUACGACGAGAGUCACCAUGGCGAAGAAGGCGAGAAAACUGCGAAAUUCGACGAGGAGGGCAAACACCAAAAAGGCUACAGCACCAAAGGAGAGCACAGUAUUUCUAAGAAGGACGAGUAUGAGAAGAAGCACGAUUUUUACGACGAGUAUCACGAGGAUGGGGAACACGAGAAACAUGGAGGGUACCACCACGAACACGAAGGCAAGAAGGGUGGACACGAGAAGAAAGGACAUACGGACUCUGCUCGUCGCGAGCAUCGGCAUGGUAAAAAGAAGAAUCACGAGGAGGGUCAUCACCAUCGUAAACAGAAGGGUCGCAAGCUCGCUGAAGGCCACGAUAGUCAUCAUCAACACGAUAAGAAAUAUGGAAAGAAGGGAGGACACGAAUCAGGGAAGAAAUGGUUCGCCAGCAGCGGUCAUUAAAUUCUCAAGAGAUAAAGGCACAAGAUCGUCGAUACUAAAUGCGAACAUCACCAGAAUAAGGAGAGUAAUCCCUUUGAACCCAAGACAAACGGCACUUUUCGAUCUUCAUAAUGCUACAAAAAUCAACGACGAGAUUUUAUCGUUAGCAGAGAGCCAAAAUGUGAUUCCCGAGAAAAAUAGCGUUAAAGGCAGGUUGGAUGAACGAGUGGAUCGAUCGAGAAUAGCGUUGGUAAACGCUGGUGAUGUAAAAGGCUUGGAAAAUUUAAAGCAUGUUCUGUCUGUCGUUGAAUACGAACCGCAGAAAAUUAGUAAGAUAGGGAAAAGGAAAAUUGUGGACUCUUAUAACAUCAACCCUGAUACCAUAGUUGCCAGCCGCGAAAGCGCGAGUCCAGCAACUCCGGACGUUACGAACACAUACUACGAAGUACCACGAACCGACCAUCCCAAGAAACUCGUAACAAUACCGCAAUACUAUUCCAGACCCGACCAAGGCAGCCAGAAACCGCUUAAGAUCGAUUCAAAAUCAAAAUCUCGAGACCCAGAGCACAUAUACCGAGUCACAGUCUCGAAAGCAAUCAAAGGAAAGUAUUCUAGAACUCGUUCCCCGCAAACUCUUCGAUCAACUACACCAAAGGACGAAACGAACGUCGAAAAUGUACCUAACCAAAAGAUCGCUACUCCUUUGUACAACCCUCAUACGUUGGCCGCUGCCCCACAGAAAAAUUACUACACAGACUCCGUAAUUACUACAACACCUUCCGGCAACGAUUCUUAUCCGGCAAAAGUUAGUAGACGGAAGAAAAGUCGCAAACGAGUGACGAGUAAACCUGCACAACAAGCAGAAUCAUCCAGCUUCACUGAAAAUACCGAAAAUUAUCCUAAAGAAUUCCUGAAGGCUCGAGAAUCGGCAACGAACGAAAAUAAGAAUAAAUCGAGGAGAUUAAGUUUGCAAGCCAAGUUACCCAAGUAUGAUAUUGCACCAAGACCAUUUUCCAUAAACAGAUACUCUAAAGAAAGCCAGGAAGACAAUUUGGAGAAAAUAAAUGGUAAAGGAAUAGCCUCUGACGAGAUCCGAAGCAUCGACGAUAGAAAUAUUCAUCGAAAUACUGCGAAGAUAGAUAGUGGCCACUCGAGUGGUUACAGAAAUUCUUUGCCUGGAUUAAAUAAGAAAUCGCACGAAAGGAAAGAUAGUAAAAGCAGUUCGACGAUCCGAGUGAACGUGAAAGAUGGUUCUCUGUCUACUGAUCUUCGAAAAUCUUUGAAAUCUGAUGCCAAUAGAGUCGGUGUUCCUUACGAGGAUUCUCAGAUCUCCGAAGAAAAUGGUUCUUUCGAAGAUAAAAGUUCUACCGAUCAUUCUGAAUCCGGUAGGCAUAGUCAUAAGAAUUCCCAAAUCUUAGCGAGAAAUGACUCGUUGGAAGACGAGGCCUCUGUCGAUCAUCGCGAAUCUUCUAAAUCUGAUGCUUCCAAACAGAAACAUAAAAAUUCUGAAAGCAAAUAUUCCGACAGAGAUGGUUCUUUCGAAGAUGAAAGUUCUACCGAUCAUUCUAAAUCUGAUGCUGAUAGACACGGUCCUUAUAAGAAUUCCCAAAUCUUUGAGAGAGAUGACUCGUUGGAAGACGAGGCCUCUGUUGACCAUCACGAGUCUUCUAAAUCUGAUGCUUCCAGACGCACGCAUAAAAAUUCUGAAAGAAAAUAUUCCGACGGAACUGGUUCUUUCGAAGAUGAAAGCUCUACCGAACGUCGACAAUUUUCUAGACCCGAUGCUGCCAGACUCGGACAUUAUAAAAGUCCUCGAAGAAAGUUCUCUGAAAAAGAUGGUUCAUCCGAAGAUGGAAGUUCGACUAACGAACCGACAAAUGGUAAUAAUCGAUACACCAGUGGGUCGGAACUAGGUAAAUCUUCCGAAGAGUCAUCGGUAAUCUCGUCGAAAUCGAAUUCUUAUCAAAACAUCAAAAGUCCAGCAGUUACUGUUUAUUCGGUAAAUCCCAUAGUCUCCACUCUAUCACCUUACACAGCAUCCAAUUUACAUUCAAAUAACUACGUUUACUAUCCGGCAUCGUUGCCCACUCUGGCACCGGUAAACCAACCUAAGCAAAAUGACGCAAAGACGCAAGAAAACGAUGAGAAGGAUAGCAGAGAAGCUUCUGAUGGUGUGGCGGAAGCUACGAAUAUUGCAAACGACGAAAGCGGGAAUUUGAAAAAGGGCGGGAAAUAUGAAAUACAGAGAAAGACAGACGAAGACGAGUAUAUUCGUGAUAGUGAACGUGUAUCUAAAGAUGUAAAAGAUGGUUGGACGAAGGACGAUGGACUUACGAAGGACGAAGACAGUUAUGGUCAAUAUGCGCAGAAGUAUGACGACAGAGUGGAGGAAGAUGUUGCAACCGACGGCUCGCAUAAUAACGAGAGUCAUCAGAGUGCAAAAGAGGGUGCAGCGAGUGGCGACGCAGGUGGAAAGGGUGGUGAAGGGAAAUUUGAGAAGGGUGGAGCCACGGAACGCAAGCAAGAGCAUCGUGAGAGCGAUGAUGAAAAAGGGGAGAAGGGUUACAAAAGCUGGCACGAGGAGGAGAAAGCUGAUAAGGGUCAUCACGACAAGGAACGGCACAGCAAUUAUUUCGACGAGAAGGAUGGCGAAAAGAAAGAUCAUAAAGAGGAGGGUGAAUACCACCAGGAACACGAUGAGGGCGAGAAAGGUGAAAAAAAGGCGGCAUUCGACGAAAAUGGGAAACAUCAGAAGGGUUACAAUACCAAGGGACAACACUUUGUGCACAAAAAGGAUGAGUUCGAGAAACGCACCGAGUUCUUCGACGAGUUCCACGAGGACGGUGACACGGAAAACGACGGCGAACAUUAUCACGAGCACAAAAUGUCCAAAGGCGGUCACUACAAAGAGGGUCGUCAUAAUAAAGACGACCACGAAGAAAUGCAUGGGAAGAAAGGCAAAUACGAGAAAGGUGGUCAUUACGAUGAUGACAAAGGUCAUAAGGUUGAAGAGGGCAAGGAUAGUCACUACGAACAUGAAAAUAUGUAUGGGAAGAAGCAAAAUCAUCAUGAUGGAAAAAAAUGGACGUAUAAGAAGGGCGAUGGCGGAAAUGGGGCUGAUAAAAAGGGACACUGAGUCGAUUUUCUUUAACAGCUCCAGAUAUUUUUGUUAUUUCUUGUUGAUAAUUCGUUGUUUGUAUAGAAAUCAAAUACACACAUGCGUUUUUAAAAAAUACUACAGGAGAAUUUUAACGAAACGACACAUCAAAAAGAAAUGUUUUCAUGUUGCAGAUCUACGUUGUCUUUAGCCAGACUAGCUAAAAUUUUGGUUAUACAAAAAAAAAAAAAUUCCUUGCGAUUUUUUAUAAUUUUGAACUCUACACCCAAAGUUAAAACUUUCGUACAAUUAAUAUAUUUGUAUGUAUGAUAUAAUAUACGGUGUAUAUAUACACUGCUCGCGAAAAAAAUUGCGAUACUCGUGCAAUGUCGUACUUGAUUCGACGAGCAACUAAUAGCGUAACCAUCUGGAAGACCCAAAAAGAACUGCAAUGGCUCGAUAACAACCUGUUACUGACAAAACGAGCCAAAAGAUAAUUUAG